GCGUCGAGUGCUUGGGGCCGUCUUGGGGUGGGAGGACGCGAAGGGGGGCCGGUGACAUUUCCGUAUGGAAAAGGUUUAUGGCUCCAAGGGCAACGUCGUUGCCAAUUCGAAAGGGGUGUUGUUGGACCUCGAAUUGUGUGAGGGGUUCGGAGCGGGUGCUGUGGACACCCCGUUCUACAGAGAACUUGUUCUCGUGGGUGGUUUUGUUUUGGCGCGUGAGUUUUUCGACAAGUUGGAGGACAAGAACAUCGUUCUCGACGUCCCGUGCGACGCCGGCCCCUCCCUGGAGCUCUCGUUUCCGUUCAGGCCGUGCGGCGGUUGCGAGUCAAGCGGGGUGGCGGCAGAGGGCAGUGAUCCGGGUUUUGGUCCGGCUACUCAGCUGCACCGUGGCGAGAGCCGGGGACAGUUCGACGGCAGCGAGGACGAGGGGCCUGCAGCGCCGUUGAGGGACAGGUGGCAGUCUGUGUUAUCUAUUCGAGGGGUCGACAUUGGCGAUCUAGUUCAACGGGAGAGUGCGGAACCUACAGGAAAGGUGGCAGCCUCUUCGGAGGUCGACUUGGAGGCGAGCGAGGGCCAGAGUGUGGAUGAGUGGAUCAUGCGGAAGAAGAAGGUCAAAAAUGUGAAGCCCGGGGUUGCCUACGUCGAGAACGACAACACGGGCAGGAAAGAGGUCGUGUACAACGUCCCUGUGGACCCGCCGAUAAAGAAAGGCAAAAAGGAGAAAGAGGAGGGCAACUGGUUCGUGCAAGUGCCUGAGCCAGACGCACAUUGUUGGAAAGCGAUGGAGUCGCUGAUCGACAACAAGAAGUGCCGCGUCUUGAAGAAGGUUCUCGCUUGCGAGGUGGUUUGGGUCCAGGCCGGCUCCGCGGCGUUGGCGAAGCUCGGGAAGCUGAGCGUCUUGGAUAUGGUUUAUUUGGUGAAGUGCGACCGGGUGCUGGUGCGUCUGUGGAACUACUACCAAGUCAAGCACGAGAAGAGGUCGGACGCGGAUUGGAGCCAGAGGUGCCCGUUCCUGAAAACAAGGUCCGCAAUUUUCAAACAGUUUGAGAGUCGUGAUUUGGAUGCAGAGUUGUGGGACGGGAGCAGGAAAUACGUCGCUGACUCCUCGUUGUUCAAGGACUGCCCGCCUUACAUGGGCUGCGACGACGACCAAUCCAUCGAGGCGACGGAGAAGUUGGCCGGUCACAAGAAGCUGUCCGUCGACUGGAGGAAUAAGGUCCUGUCCGUUUUGACUCGCAGUAGACUGAAGAGUCGCGAGAUCACACUUGCCGAAGGAAUUGUGCACAUAAAAUGGAAAGACACGGGCGACGUGACAUCCAUCGCGCCAUUCGGCAACGACCCCUUGGAGGCAGACAUAAGGUGUGCGGAGGUGAAGGAGGCGGUGGUUGCCACAAAGAGUCACACGUUCGUCCUCGAUCUCUGCGAACCGGUGAACCUGAAGCUGUGGAAACCGCAAGCGUUCGACACUCUGGAUUCCCAGCUUCAGACGUGGUGUCCGUCGCAUUGGACGCUCGUCGUUUUCGUCCCGCGGCAGCAGAACCUCUCGUUUCUGGCCAGCAUGAACCACCUUUCUUUCGUGAAGAUGCUGGAAGGGAAGUGGGUGAGGAAGAGUCAACAGAAGAAAAGCUUCCCCGUCGGGAAUAAUUUGUUCACGGAAGACGACCGGAUGUACAUACUCUUCAAGGCGACGAUUUGCACGUCCGUCGUCUACGAGGGGAAACUGCCGCCUGCCGCCGCUGCUGCAAUGCGGCUGCCGCAGAAGGUUACGCAAACGGAUGUGUCCGACAUCCAGUUCAACCCUUGCGAUUGGUCGCCUACGCGUCGGGGCAGUGUGUACGGGGACAUGGAACGCAACCCCGCACAAUUCGUUAAUCUUCUCGAGUCCGUCACCAAGAAGGGAGAGGGUGUAUGCUUCCUCGGGAAGCCACACGCGCGAUCCGUGUGGGAACUGCUGAAGGCAGGACGACAUGUCAUCGCAAUGGAAGGGAACUCCGAGCUCUUGCAAUUCACAAUUGAUCUCGUCAAAAGCGAGGUCAAUUCAGGUGCCCACAUUUGCGAGUUCAUGGUCGUCAACGAGUCUCGCCCUCGCGCGUGGAACAACAAAACGGACAUGUGGUUUAAGUUGAGUGCGAGGAAGCGGAACAAGAUAUACGACUUCUUGUUCCUGCAAACGCGGCCCAAGAGAGAUACUGACGCCAAGUACGUGCGCCGCAAGGAUCACAUGUUCACGCUGCUCGACAACUACCACGGCGCCUCCCGCAUGAACGCAAAGACCUUCCUCGAGAGGUUGCAGUCCCUGUACUUCGUGGAGUCGGAGGAGGAGUUGACGUUCGGCAGUUACUCCUUGAUCUCCACGGAAGACGAGGAGACCACCGGCAUCGAGUUCGACGCGACCGCGAACGAGGAGGGCAGCGACACCGAAAGCCUCGACCUGCAGUACGACCCGCAUCCCGGGCAGCACACAACAGGGUCGUCCUUCGCAGGUCCGUCAACAAGCCCGACAUCCCUCGUGUCACCGAUGGCGAAAGCGGCGCCUGGCACUACCCCGAUGAAGUUGCUGCAGAGAAUGCAAGCUCUGGCCUCCGACCAUUGCUCACUGCGUCUCGAGUCUGACAUCCCGGCCGAUCAUCUGUCUUGGAAGGAUGCCAACAUUCACUUCUUGCCUGAGCCUCAAAGUCAUUCCACGGAGGCGGACUGGGGCCAUGACAUGAUUUGGCAUCCAGGAGUCAUCCAGCCGGCGAUCCAAAAGGGUGAGUGGAUCGUGGCCGUCGGUGUCCCGGGCGGAGGAUGGGUGCCUCUCCCUCGCGGGUCGAAGUCUGACUUCCUCGACGUCGCUAGAAUUGCGGUCCUCCAGAAAGUGAGGGCCGAGAAUGACUCUUUCGCACCCAAAGACGUGUCCGUCAUUUCCACAGUCGGGCGAUUGUUCGCCGAACUUCAGGACAAGCGCUGGUUGGAGCUGACGGAGGACUACUACGACCUCAAUAUGAGCCCCUCGAAGGGAAGGGUGGACUGGAAAAUCCCCCCUCCCAGUGGGACGCAUCUGUACGGAGAACAUCACGAGGAAGACGACGACUACGAUGACACGACACUGGGUAUGGAGACACAGGUGGUCACAAGCCUUUCUGCGGAACGUGAUGACUAUGAGGUCGAAGCAAUGACGUCUGCCGUCGAUCUCCAACAACGGUUCAACGACGCAAGUGUUGCAGUCAGCCUGAAUAAACUGAGAGUGCGUAUUGACAUCGAAGAAGUUAUCGACGGCAUCCUGGGCGACCACCGCAUGUCCGCGCAGCCGUUCUCUACGCCUGGUGUCGACGACCCUCUCGACGUCAAACCUUCCGGGGGAUCUGUCGUGGCUUUGUCGCCGACGAACUCUCCGAUGCUGCCGCCGACCAUCGCCAGCGGAGGAGAAUGCGAGAUCGGGGGACGACAAGAUGUCACAUCCCCGAAAAAAACUGUCGUCGGCACUCGAACUCUCGACAUGCUGGCCUUGCCCACGCCAACUUCGCCGAUUAAGGAGCGGAGAGACAAACCAGCUGGUAAGCAGUGACAAACGCCACUCUGUCUGUGCGUCAGUGACCGCAGUGUCCGUCGAUGCGGGGAGUUCCUGAUGCCGGCAUGCU